CUAUCGAUAUUUUGCAGCCGAAACGUAUGUCAUCAAUUUCAGCUGAAAUCUCAACAAGUGCAAGUUUCGGGUUCUAUUUUAAUUAAAAGCAGUCGCUGGUUAAAUUGGCAUUGUUUGGAUCGGUAUUCAAGUUGCAGUGCGUGGAAAUAUACACAUAUUUUUAUUUAUUUAUUGCGACAUCCGUGCGGGCACACUCACACACACGCGAGUGACAGAUGUGCGACGUGCAUACGUACAUAGAGCACACGCACACAAACGCACCCAGUGCGGAUGUUCUGAUUUUAUGCAAGAAACUGGGUUUAUUUUUAAAAUAACAAGAAUAUUCGAACAUCCGAAAAUAUAAUGCCAAAGGAAGGCGACGGUCGAGCGAGGAAAGAACAAGUGUAAGCGCAGAAAAAAGGGACACGGCGAACAGGAAAGGGGACGGUCGGCAGCCGCAAACAAAAAACGGGAACAACGGCGGCGGUGGAUAAUUCGGAAAAUAAUAAAAGAAAAACACACAAAUAAAAAUAAAACGACAUCUGACGUGCGGCGUCAAGUGCUUUUCCCAGAUCUCGCAUGCGUUUAACUUGAAAACCCCUGGCAGAGCAGAAAUCAAGCGCCAACAGAGUAUAACGACACACCGGCAUUUCCCAUGGACGACGAACUGGAAGACAAGGUUUUCUAUCAGACAUACGUAUCGCACAUGAAAAUCCUGUCCAAAUUUGCGGUGGGCUUCUCGUCCAUCAACUCCCCCUUGGCCUACAUAUGGAAGCUGUGCCGACUGUAUGUCCUGCGCCCGGAGGUCAUCUUCUGCGGCUUGAUCCUCUUCGUCCUGUUGCUUUACUUGCAAGCGGUAGAUGUGUGGAGUCGCAGCAUCCUUGGACGCAUCCAGGCCACCCUCGGUCGCCAGAAGGCCGUCAAGAUGAUGGAGAUGUCGGCCAGUGCUGGGGACCACCAGAGCUGGGAGGAGAUGAAGCAGCAGAGCUCCGCUUUCGCAGUCCUGGGACGCAGGCCUCGAAUGGAGGAUAGAUUUAUCAUUGAGGAGAACAUCAAUAACAACACUGGCAUUUCCUUCUUCGCUGUGUUUGACGGCCAUGGCGGUGAGUUUGCCGCAGAUUUUGCCAAGGAUGUGCUGGUGAAGAACAUAUACAACAAGAUCAUCGAGAUGUCCAAGUUGCUGAAGACCGAGGGACAUGCCGGUGAUUACGAUAAGAGUCCAUAUUUGGCUCGCAAGCAGAGUCGCAAGGAUUCGAACAAAGAGAACACGGAACCGACAGCAGCGGUGACACGAAAGGAUAGUUUAAGGAAGGCCCACAGCACCACAGCUGAUUGCAGCGCUAUUAAACAAAAGACAACCGAGGCUUCGAUCGCCGAUAUUUAUACAGCCCAGCUGAACUCGGCGAUGAGAGCCAGUGGAAAUGUGGGAGCCGCGAAGGACUCGUUCCUAAACAACAACAACAAUGCACCGAAUGGGGCAGGCCAUGCGCCACCUCCAAACUACGAAGCCAAGUGCUACAUCGAAAACGGACGUAUUAACUUCGGGAAACUGAUCACAGACGAGAUCAUGUCGGCCGACUACAAACUUGUGGAGCAAGCCAAGCGAGCAACCAACAUUGCGGGCACCACCGCAUUGAUAGCCAUUGUCCAAGGCUCUAAGCUGAUUGUGGCCAACGUGGGGGACUCCCGCGGAGUCAUGUAUGAUUCCCGUGGAAUAGCGAUCCCCCUUUCCUUCGAUCACAAGCCGCAGCAGGUGCGCGAACGAAAGCGGAUCCACGAUGCAGGCGGUUUCAUCGCCUUCCGAGGAGUCUGGCGCGUGGCCGGCGUGUUAGCCACAUCACGUGCUCUCGGCGACUAUCCGCUAAAAGAUAAGAAUCUGGUGAUUGCUACGCCGGACAUUUUGACCUUCGAGCUGAACGAUCAUAAGCCCCACUUUCUGAUACUUGCUUCCGAUGGACUCUGGGACACGUUCAGUAACGAGGAGGCCUGCACUUUUGUCCAGGAGCAUCUGAAGGAGUCGGACUUUGGCGCCAAAUCUCUGGUCAUGGAGUCCUAUAAACGUGGCUCUGUGGACAACAUCACCGUAUUGGUGAUAGUCUUCAAGAACGAUGUCUACAAGAUCGGCAGCUCAGCGGGAAAAGUGGGAGAUGAGACUCUAAAAGUCCCAGCCAAGUCUCAGCCAGUUGCGUCUGCAGUUGUGCAACGGUCGAAUUCAAUCAAAACCAAAUGAUAUACGAAACAUUAGAGUGCCUGCUUAGAAAUGGUCUUCAGCUUUCCCCCAAAUUUUCCUCCCAAAGAAAAAACAAAAGUGCCCAAAAUUUCUAGUUAGGCGUUUUGCUAAAUACUUCUGUCUUUUUGUUUCUUAUCCAAAGGCAGCAUUCAUUCAUCACAGACACACUUGAUACGUAGAUCACUUGAAAUUGCGUUUCUCAUUCUCCAUGCUAUUAGUUAAGGUUGUUUGUUAGCCCAUGUUAUUUUGUACAAAAAAUAUUUUGCAUCCGCCGCCUCUUUGCCGUGCACUUUGUUUCCACAACUCGAUCACGAAAAUCAUCACAGUCUCUGACAUAGUCAAGGUAACAUCAUCAAACGUAACUAUUUAUUUAAUUUAUUUGUUAUACUUGUAAAAUAAAAACAUAUUCUAACUUA